AUGACAAAUUUAUCAGCUUCCAAAAUUCAUGACCAUCCUACCCUUAACCUUGAGAAGAAAAGCGGUGAACGAGACACACAUGCAAAGAAUUCAGAUGAUCAUAAAGCAGGCAUAUCUUUUUCAUAUGCUUUAAAGAUGAUGGUCAGCCAAAGUCCACCUACGUUACCCCCAGCUCCGACCAUCGAGAUGGCUCCGACGAUCGGUGGCGAGAAUAAUAGUAGCAUCAAGAAGAGGCCUUCACAGAAAAGGACGCAAAACUGCGUAAUCAGACGACCUCGGAUAUCCGCUCGUUUAUUGGCCAAAUUGACCAACGAAGAAGAGACCAAUGACGUUGUCGACGGCAAUCUCGAGCCCAAAACUACAGGCAUACAUGAACAUGAGGAUGACGACGUUGUAGUUCGUCUUGAGGAAAUCCUUAUGAAGUCUUGGGAACCCAAUGUUGAGACAAUUGUCUUUUACGAGAAGUCAUCGGAGAAAAAGAAUGCAUAUGUCGACUGUAACCAGAAAAAUAACAGCGUUCGCAUUUCCGACAAUGCGACUGCUAAAAAUUUGUGUCGUCCAAAAUUGGCAGGAAAACAAAGGAGGCGCCGAGGAUAUGAUUAUCAGACUAUUUGUAUGCCUGGGAGUCCGAUGGGAAUGGUACAAAGAAUGAGUACUAUGGACAUAACGCACCUUGGGCCCACACGAUU